GUCGCCUUCACCGCGGGGAGAGCAGAGCGGCUGUGUCCCGCGCAGAGGUCGGGAGCGUGUGCCACGCAGUUCUGUUGGAGUUGCGGGUGUUUUCGCAGCCGGGCUGUGUUAUCCGGGUGCCCGCCGCGGUGUCUGUAAGGAGUGGCCGUACCCUGUGGCGCUGAUAGCGGAGGUCAGUGCUGUGGGACGCGGGAUCCCGGCGCUGCUCGGUGUGCAGCAGUCCGUGUGAGGCUCCCUGCACUCCGUGUGUUAUCGGGGAUGAGUUGAGGGUUGCUGAAGCUGCAGCUUCGAGUGGGCUUAGAUACAUUCCCUGGGACUAUUGGUGAGAAGCGUGCUCUGGUUUUCUGCUUGUUCGCCGGUCAUGUGAAUAGCAAAAGAAAGCUAACAGAGCUGGAGGUGCUUACUGUACUGAGCAACAAGCAGAAGUCCACUGAGAGGUCACGUGAAUGACUUGCAGAUACCAUCUUUUCAGCAUUCUUUGUAGGAAUAGUCAAACCUUGCCACGUGAGCUGCCUGCAGCUUGUUAGCACUUUGAGUGUCACUUGCUGAUCACGUUGAUUUUCACUGGACUGCACAGAUUUCUCUUAGUGUGACUUCUUGGAACUUGGAAGGAAAUAUUCUAGUUAGCAAUAUAUGCCUGGCACCUGAAAUGGCUGCAGAUGACAAACGCUCUCCCACACUGGACUCUACCAGUGAUCUACCUCGUUCUCCCAGCAGUCCAUCUCAUCUCACUCACUUCAAACCCCUGACUCCUGACCAGGAUGAGCCUCCUUUUAAAUCAGCUUACAGUUCUUUUGUAAAUCUCUUCCGUUUCAGCAAAGAUGAUGGCAGGCUUUCAUCCCCAGCAGAGAGAGCAGAGGCAGGACAGAGUGAUCCACAAGCACUGAGUAGUGGCUGGGGCAGUCCUCAGCAUCCCACAAGGGCUCAGUCUCUGAGAUCACCAAUUCCUUACAAGAAACAACUGACUGGUGAGCUGCAAAGAAGAUCUUCUGCAACUCUGGACAAUCGAAGGAAAGUAGAACCACCUCUUGGAGGUCAUGAUCCUCGAACUGCAGUUCAGUUAAGAAGCCUCAGCACCGUUUUAAAACGCCUCAAAGAAAUCAUGGAGGGGAAGAGCCAGGACAGUGACUUGAAGCAGUACUGGAUGCCUGACAGCCAGUGCAAAGAAUGUUAUGACUGUAGCGAGAAAUUCACCACCUUCCGGAGGAGGCACCACUGUCGGCUUUGUGGGCAGAUCUUUUGUAGUCGAUGCUGCAAUCAGGAAAUCCCUGGAAAGUUCAUGGGCUACACAGGGGAUCUCCGAGCCUGCACGUACUGCCGUAAAAUAGCCUUAAGCUACGCGCACUCCACAGACAGUAACUCCAUUGGAGAAGACCUAAACGCCCUGUCGGAUUCUGCGUGCUCUGUGUCCGUGCUGGAUCCUGGCGAGCCGCGCACGCCGGUUGGCAGCCGCAAAGCCAGCCGCAAUAUCUUCCUGGAGGAGGACCUGACCUGGCAAAGUUUGAUUCACCCAGACUCUUCAGCUGCCACAUUGUCUGCACGCCUUGUGUCUGUCCAGGAGGAUGCAGGGAAGUCACCAGCUAGAAACAGGUCAGCCAGCAUCACAAACCUGUCUCUGGAUCGGUCAGGGUCACCCAUGGUGCCUGCCUACGAGACGUCGGUCAGCCCCCAGGCCACUCGCACACACAUGAAGGCAGAGACCAGCGAGGAUGAGCGCAAAAUCCUUCUGGACUCAGUCCAGCUAAAAGAUCUGUGGAAGAAAAUCUGCCAUCAUAACAGUGGUAUGGAAUUUCAAGACCAUCGCUACUGGCUGCGGACACAUCCCAACUGCAUUGUGGGAAAAGAGCUGGUCAACUGGCUCAUGAGAAAUGGGCACAUAACCACGAGGGUCCAGGCCAUUGCAAUAGGACAGGCACUGGUUGAUGGACGUUGGCUGGAAUGUGUCAGUCAUCAUGAUCAGCUCUUCAGAGAUGAGUAUGCUCUCUACAAACCCUUGCAGAGCACAGAGUUCUCAGAAACCCCAUCUCCAGACAGUGACUCUGUGAACUCUGUAGAGGGCCACUCCGAGCCAUCCUGGUUCAAAGACAUCAAGUUUGAUGACAGUGACACAGAGCAGAUUGCUGAUGAAGGGGAGGACAACUCAGCCAACUCCGCCAGCCCUAGCAAGCGCACUUCAGUCAGCAGCUUCCAGUCCACAAUGGACAGUGAUUCGGCCGCCUCCAUCAGCCUGAACGUGGAGCUGGACAACGUGAACUUCCAUAUCAAGAAGCACUCCAAGUACCCACAUGUGCCCCCUCACCCUGCCGACCAAAAAGAGUACUUGAAUCCUGAAAACGGAGGGCAGCAGAUGUUCUCUAUAAGUGACGCUUUUAUUAAAGAGUCGUUAUUCAACAGGAGGGUGGAGGAGAAGUCCAAAGAACUCUUAUUUACACCCCUAGGCUGGCACCAUAGCAAUCUGGAUCUGCUGAGAGAAGAGAAUGGGGAGAAACAAGCCAUGGAAAGGCUGCUGUCUGCUAAUCACAACCACAUGAUGGCACUGCUGCAGCAGCUUCUAUACAAUGAGUCCCUGUCACUGUCUUGGAGGGAUAUUAUUGUACCUGUGGUCUGUCAGGUAGUUCAAACAGUACGGCCAGAUGUCAAGAAGAGAGAUGAUGACAUGGAUAUCCGCCAGUUUGUCCACAUCAAAAAAAUCCCUGGUGGAAAGAAAUUUGACUCCAUGGUGGUGAAUGGAUUUGUUUGCACUAAGAAUGUUGCACACAAGAAGAUGAACUCUUGCAUAAAAAAUCCCAGAAUUCUUCUGCUAAAAUGCUCAAUUGAGUACCUCUAUCGAGAAGAAACAAAGUUUACCUGCAUAGAGCCUAUAGUACUUCAGGAAAGGGAGUUCUUGAAGAACUACGUACAGCGGAUAGUUGAUGUCCAGCCCAAUUUGGUCCUUGUUGAGAAGACUGUGUCCAGAAUUGCCCAGGACAUGCUCUUAGAGCAUGGUAUCACCCUGGUCAUCAAUGUCAAGCCGCAAGUGUUAGACCGGGUGAGUCGAAUGACCCAGGGAGACUUGGUGAUGUCAAUGGAUCAACUGUUGACCAAACCACAGUUGGGGACCUGUCAUAAAUUUUAUAUGCAAGUUUUUCAGUUGCCCAAUGAUCAGACAAAACCCCUGAUGUUCUUUGAAGGCUGUCCCCAGCACCUGGGUUGCACUAUCAAGUUGUGUGGUGCUGCAGAGUACGAGCUGGCUCGUGUGAAGGAGAUCCUGAUCUUCAUGGUCUGUGUGGCUUAUCAUUCCCAGCUGGAAAUCUCAUUUCUUAUGGAUGAGUUUGCCAUGCCCCCUACUCUCACCAAAAACACUUCCUUUCACUCCCUUAUUGAGGAGCCAGGAGAUGAAAAUGAACAACAGAACCUCUUCAAUGGUGAGGACUUCAGCACAGCAGUCAAAGAUGCAGAACUAUCCUCUGAAAAGCUGCCUGUAAUCUCUGAAUCAGUGUCCUCUGAUGAGGUCAGUUUGCCUGAGCCAAGAGGUGUGUUUGACAGAGGUGACCAAGAGAACAGUCAGUUGGAAACGGUGUCCUCCAAGCAGCAAGAGCACCACAAAGUGGAGUCACCAUAUGCAGUGUUCAGCUCUGUACCUCAUGCAAUACCUGAAACAUCCCCACUUCCCCUCCAUGGCAUGGACGAGCACUUGGCCACUCUGGAUAACCAGGCAUUAGAGCCUCCUCAACAGGCAGAUGAUUUACAGGAAUCCAAGAGUCAGAUGAGAGUCUUCAGAGACCCUCUCCAGGAUGAUACUGGUUUAUAUGUCACAGAAGAGGUAACUUCAUCUGAGGAUCGUCUCAAAACUUACUCUGCAGCAUUUAAGCAGGAGUUGAAAGAUGUCAUUCUCUGCAUUUCUCCAGUACUGAUGUUCCGUGAACCAUUUCUUUUGACUGAAAAAGGCAUGAGGUGCCCUGCCCGGGAAUACUUCCCUGAGCAAGUUUAUUGGUCUCCUCUCCUCAAUAAGGAAUACAAGGAGUUGGAGAGCAGAAGGAAGAAGCAGUUGUUGCGGGAUCUCUCUGGACUACAGGGGAGGAAUGGGAGUAUCCAAGCCAAGGCUGUCCAAAUCUUACCUUCUCAUGAGUUGGUUAAUACUAGGAUAGCAGAACAUCUACGUGAUAGCCAGAGCUUAGCCAGAAUGCUGGCUGACUACCGGGCCAGGGGAGGGAGGAUACUGCAGAAAAGCACAGAUCCUUUUGCCCAAAAUAAGGAUGUGUCUAGUGUCCCUCCUGGAAGAACUGGGAGCAGAACUGAAGAGGAGGAGAAGGGACUGGCUCAGAGUGAAUCCUCAUGGUCUCAUAAGGUGGAUUGCCUGAGUCCGGUAAACCAUCAGAGGCUCUGUGUUCUCUUCAGCAGCUCUUCUGCUCAGUCCAGCAAUGCUCCAAGUGCCUGUGUUAGCCCCUGGAUUGUGACCAUGGAGUUCUAUGGGAAAAAUGACCUAACUCUAGGGAUUUUUCUGGAGCGCUACUGUUUCAGGCCUUCCUACCAAUGCCCCAGCAUGUUCUGUGAAACACCAAUGGUGCACCACAUUCGUCGCUUUGUUCACGGGCAAGGCUGUGUGCAGAUUGUGUUAAAGGAGCUGGACUCUCCUGUCCCUGGCUACCAGCACACCAUCCUUACUUACUCCUGGUGCAGACUGUGCAAACAGGUGACACCAGUUGUUCCCCUUUCCAAUGACUCUUGGUCUAUGUCUUUUGCAAAAUACCUUGAGCUGAGAUUCUAUGGGUACCAGUACACUCGAAGGGCCAACGCAGAGCCUUGUGGGCAUUCCAUUCACCAUGACUAUCACCAGUAUUUUUCUUAUAAUCAGAUGGUGGCAUCUUUCAGCUACUCUCCAAUCCGGCUGCUGGAAGUGUGUGUCCCACUCCCCAAGAUCUACAUCAAACGACAGGCUCCAUUGAAAGUUACUAUUUUGCAGGAUCUCAAGGAUUUCUCACAAAAGGUGUCACAAGUGUAUCUUGCUGUGGAUGAUCGCCUUGCUUCUCUGAAAACGGAUACUUUCAGCAAAACGAGGGAAGAGAAGAUGGAAGACCUCUUUGCCCAAAAGGAGAUGGAAGAAGGAGAGUUUCGAAACUGGACUGAGAAAAUCCAAGCAAGGCUGCUUUCAUCAUCACUGGACACCCCUCAACAGCUGCAAUCUGUUUUUGAGUCUCUGAUAGCUAAAAAGCAAGGACUUUGUGAGAUGCUACAAGCCUGGAAUAAUAGAUUACAGGAUCUCUUCCAACAAGAGAAAGGGAGAAAACGUCCGUCAGUGCCACCCAGCCCUGGGAGACUGAGGCAAGGUGAAGAAAGCAAGAUCAGUAGCAUGGAUGCUUCCCCACGCAAUGCUUCUCCAGCACUGCAAAAUGGAGAAAAAGAGGAUCGUUUCCUGACGACUUUAUCAAGUCAGGGCUCCACAGGUUCCACCCAUCUGCAGCUGCCCACCUCUCCAGAGGUUGCAUCGGAGCAUAUGACUGGUGCCAGCACACUCUCUGAACAGGACACAACAAGCAGCUCAGAAGAUGUGUUUGAUGGACACUCACUGGGAUCUACAGACAGCCAAGUGAAGGAGAAGUCUACUAUGAAAGCCAUUUUGGCUAACUUUCUGCCUGGAAACAACUAUAACCCCAUUCCCUUUCCCUUUGACCCAGAUAAGCACUACUUAAUGUACGAACAUGAACGUGUACCUAUUGCAGUCUGUGAGAAAGAACCAAGCUCCAUCAUAGCCUUUGCUCUCAGUUGCAAGGAGUACAGAAAUGCCCUGGAUGAGUUGUCCAAAGCAUCUCUGAAGAACAGUUCUGAAGAAGGACUACAACCAAACAGUAUGUCAGACAGCAAACCCAAGAGCAGCAGCCCUGUCCGCCUGCCUGAGGCUAACGUGUGUCCACUUCGCAAUGCAGAGCCAGAGCAGCCCAAGAAGCCAUCUGGUGUUUUGUCUUUCUUCCGUGGCACGGGAGGGAAGAGCCCAGACCUGUCUUCCCAGAAGAAAGAGACCUUACGUGGUGCUGACAGUGCUUACUACCAGGUUGGACAGAUGGGCAAAGAGGGAGCAGAAAACCAAGGAGCAGAGGCUCAAGAUGAUGGAGAUGGAGGAGAUGGACAGAAGAAACAGGUGGUGAAUCCCCAUGUGGAACUCCAGUUCUCAGAUGCCAAUGCCAAGUUCUACUGCCGGAUUUAUUAUGCUGGAGAGUUUCACAGGAUGCGUGAAGUGAUCCUGGGGAGCAGUGAAGAGGAUUUCAUCCGAUCCCUCUCUCACUCCAUGCCCUGGCAGGCACGAGGGGGCAAAUCUGGAGCUGCGUUCUAUGUGACUGAGGAUGAUAGAUUCAUCUUGAAGCAAAUGCCUCGUCUGGAAGUCCAGUCAUUCCUUGACUUUGCUCCACACUACUUCACUUACAUCACUAAUGCAGUUCAGCAGAAGAAGCCCACAGCACUGGCUAAAAUCCUUGGGGUAUAUCGAAUUGGUUACAAGAACUCUCAAAACAACACUGAAAAGAAACUGGAUCUACUUGUCAUGGAAAACCUUUUCUAUGGCAGGAAAAUGGCUCAGGUGUUUGACCUGAAGGGCUCCCUCCGGAACAGAAAUGUUAAAACAGACACAGGCAAGGAAACUUGUGAUGUAGUCCUGCUGGAUGAGAACCUUCUGAAGAUGGUUCGGGACAAUCCUUUGUACAUCCGUUCCCAUUGCAAAGCUGUGCUGAAAGCCUCCAUACACAGUGAUUCCCAGUUCCUCUCCAGCCAUCUCAUCAUUGACUAUUCCCUGCUGGUGGGUCGUGAUGAUACCAACAAUGAGCUGGUUGUUGGGAUCAUUGACUAUAUUCGUACUUUUACCUGGGACAAAAAGCUUGAAAUGGUGGUGAAGUCAACUGGCAUAUUGGGAGGACAAGGCAAGAUGCCCACUGUGGUCUCUCCAGAGCUGUACCGGACCAGGUUUUGUGAAGCUAUGGACAAGUAUUUCCUGAUGGUGCCAGACCAUUGGACAGGACUAGGCCUGAAUUGCUGAGCUAAACUCCAUAUUGGGAAAACACAAGAGGACAAUGAGAUUAUAGGCAACUGUCUUCCAGUUGUCUGUCCAGCAGCAAGCAAGAGGAUUGCAGUUCCAUGUCCACACUGACCAUGUGCAUCAUCUUGCAGAGGGUGAAAUCUGCUUGCACUUUAAUCCCGUCUUGGAGGAUAACAAGCAAACCUGCCUCAGUAAGGAUCUUAACUGUAAGGUUCCACUGAACAGCAUUGAGAAAUGACAUCCCUCCUGUCACUAGGGAAGGUGAUCCUUGUAAGUACUGAACUGAGAUUCUCUCCAGAUCCUGAUGGUGAAGAAGUACGUGAUCUCUGGAAGUCUUGCACUGCCGAAAUGAUGUUGAAUGUGCACAGCUCAUGUUCCUGUAGUGGAUACUUGGUACUGAAAAAUGUGAAAUAAACCCCCCAAACCUGGAUGGGGGAGAGAAGAAUGAAGUUAAUUAAUGAGUUCUGCUAUUGUUGCAGUGGUCUGUAAUUGACCUAUUUAGAAUCCAUUAAUAACUUGUGCUGUUUAUGCUCCAUAGUUUUAAUUCUUACUGGAUUCUGUAAACAGUAUUUUUUUAAGGCAGCUCCACAUCUAGAAUGCCCUUUGACUCCAUCUUUUAAAUUGUGUUACUGCAGUACAGCUCUGGUUUAUCUGUCAUAAUUGCAUUUUAGCUGAAUCUCAUAAAAAUGGGUUGUCAGUCAUCAGUAUACUGCAAAACUCAAAACAUAUCCCUUCACUCCUAAACAGUACUUUGGUCUGAAUGUUGCUCAGAUUUCUGGAAACAGGUAACUAACAUACCCUUUAAUUUAACAAGACUUGAUUAAUUAUAGUUAUGAAGCAGAUUAACCCUUUCCUUAGUAAAGGCAGUAAGUUGCUAGACAAAGUGAAGCAUAAUGCUUUAGUGGCAGCUAUCUCCUUACUGCAACCAUCAUUCUGGCAGAUCACUUCCAAUCCAUUUCAGUUUCCCCUUACUUUCAAGCAAUGCAAUUACCUCAUGGUGAAAUUUUGCCAGGAGAAUGUUUUUCUUGCAUUCAUGACAUGAUUUUUUUGUGACAGAGAUGAAUGUAGUUGUUGUUUUUUGUAAAAUGGAAAACCUGAACUAAUAGGUAUCUCGUAUGAUGGAGAUGUGGG